AUGUUAAAGACCAACAUUUUUAAAAGUCAGCAGAGGUAUUGUAUGGUACUGUAAAAUAGAUUGAAUACUGUAUAGUGGCCUGGACAGUAGCCCUAACACAAUAUCAAGCCCCAAAAUUUGAUAAGAGGAAUAAAAACAUAAAAUCACUUUUAAAAGUUUUUUUUCAUGCCGGGGCAAGGCGAACCGAACCGUAUUUUACAUUAUUUUUCAUCCAGGAGUAAGUCAAGAUAUAUUGGAGGCGGCUCAGAUUCCGUUGGAAAAGAAAAGUGCACGUUGUGAUCCAUUAUUGGCUUCGCAUUUGUUGAAAGUUCUACGCAAGUGUGUUGUAAAAGGUAUGAAAUUAAUGCUUAUCUUGACUUUUUACACUAUUUUUGAUUUUAAAAUUUAAAAUUUUUACUUUUUUAAGCUAAAAUUUUAAAUAUUAGACUGUUCAAAUAAUUCUGUGCUUCCUUUCCAAGCAAAUUUGCAGGAUUAGGGGACACAUAGUUAUUUUAACAAUCUAAUAUUUUAUUUUUUAACUCGAAAAGUUUCAAAAAAUUGAAAAAAAAUCGAGCUUUUGUCUAAAAAUGCCAUUUUUGAUAUGAAUUUAAAACCGAAUUUGAAAAUUUUGGUAAAGUAUUACUUUCCAGACACCCCUCUCCGCUCAGUAACCAUCGACCUAUGUUGUAUCGUACUACGAGGCCUGGUACUGGCCCUAGAAGCCGAUGAUGAGUUCCACAGAGAAAUUGAGGCCAAUAUUGAUGACAUUUUGACACAACUCGGAGCCAAACUCCGCGAUGUUGAUAACGAAAUGUACUUGGAAAUGUUCGAGGAAGAACACUACCGAUUUGAGUCAACAACAAUACGAAUCAAUAAUUUGGCAUCAGAGCCGGCACUUUAUUUACCACCGAGUACUAGUGCUGUUAGUAAUGUACCGUUAAGUCAAAGGGCGCCUUGUGGAAAUGAUGAGAAGAUUAGGAGGGUAAGGGUUGAUUUUGAGGUUUGAGGAACUUCAUAGGACUUCGCAAAGGGGGGGGAUUGUACAAUAAAUUUGGUUUUUUUUACUUUCAGAGCCUACAAUUCUACUUUAUCUUACGCAAAUUCUCCUUGGACCUCCAAAGCCUCCCGGAACCCAUAUUACCUCUGUCGUCCAAGGUUCGAACUCUGGCCGAAAUCAAUGAUUGUAUCAACUUAAGUGAGUUUUUUUUCUUUAAUUUCUUUGGGCCUUGUGUAAUAGUUUUGAAUAAAACAACGCUUAAGGUACUUGAAAAAGCAAUUUUUAAGCAAUUGAAAAGCUCGCGUAUUUUACAAAAUUUUCAAAUCAAGAAUUUAUUUUUAGAUAACAGUGACCUUCUGGCCUGCACUGUCUUUCAGAACAACGAAGAACAUCCUCGGUUUUUGGUGACCGACCAAUUUCAACUGAUUCUGGUCGAACCUGACAGCCGAAAACUGGGGUGGGCCGUGGUUUGCUUUGCGGGAUUGUUGCAGGCAAGUUUUUCUUUGUUUUUACUCUAA